CGCGAUGGUCAUGGCUAGUCCGCAUUUACCCAUGUCAGUCUUGCUAACCUUACCAGUCGAACGGUGUUGUUGACGGAUUUUCUUUCUAAUAGGCAUUAUAUGACUAGUUGGCGAGCGAGCUGACCGUAUUUCAUUAGCUACCACGGUGUGUAGUUAGCGGGGGUUUGCUAAGUAAAGAUAGGUUAGCUAACUAGAUAUAAUCACCAACCACCACGAUGGAACUAGAAGCGAAAGUGAAAGUAGGCUGGCUAACUCCGAGAGGACUGGCUGUUUCUCCAUGAACUUGUCCAGUAACUUGUUUUUGUUGUUGUUAUUUAGAAAGUUCGCGUAGAAAAUAGGCGACAAUUUAAUUUAAGGGUGCUAUUCCAUUGAACCAAGUGUUUGUCGAUAAACUGGACGUAAUGACGAUACACACAACGUUACAUAACAGUGUUGAUUACAAAUGUAGUGGUUGAAGUGUUUCCAGAACCCAUUUAGACAAGUUGAUCAUUACAUUGGCGACAGCCUGUAUGCCCUCUCACCUCAUGUGGGAGUCAGCAUGGAUAGAACGCAUUCAUUGAAUAAUAUUUGUAACACUUUUUUUAUGUUUAAAAACUAGUUCACUGCAUCUGACAUGGAGCCCAGUUUAAUAAUAUGACCAUAUGUCGCAGCUGCGUGCCGUAGUUUUGAAGUAAUCGCAAAAAAAACAGGCCAUGUUUUAGGGCCUUUUUCACCCUGCUCCUGUACCAGUAGAGCUUCCGUCCCUCUCCUCGCCCCUACCUGGGCUCGAACCCUCUGCACACAUUGACAACAGUCACCCUCGAAGCAUCGUUACUCGUCGCCCCACAAAAGCAGGGAAAACAACUACUUCAAGGUCUCAGAGCGAGUGACGCCACCGCCUGAAAGCGGCAUGGUGCAGCCCCAGGCAGACAUGGCCCUGCAGUGGGAGAUGGCAGGGGAAGAGGGUAACGUGGCUCUUCAGGUUCCUGCUGAGCUGGCAGCCAAUGAGGUGGUGACUAGACUACUGGGAGACAACCAGCAGCUCCGAGAGGCGUUGCAGCGCAGCAACCAGGCCCUGCGUCAGCGCUGUGAGGAGAUGGAGGAAUGGCAGCGGAGGUCUAGAGAAGAGAGAGAGUUCCUCAGCUGUCGUUUCCAGGAGGCCCGGGCGCUAGUGGAGAGACUGGCCAUGGAGAACCAUAGCCUCACCAGCCUGGCCAGCCCCUCUAGCCCCCCCAACCCUGGAGCGAACCAAGGCCUGCUGGUCAACGGCCCCAUCCAUGGCUCGGAGACCAACGGACCUAUGGCAUCCUCUCUGCCUGUAGGAGGAGGGAACGACUUUCUCCAGCUGCUGAAGAGCCACAAAGAGGAGUUCGAAGAAGGGAUGAGAGAUCUGAGGAGGAGGAAUGAAGAGCUGGAGAAAGAGAGGGAGGAGGGAGAGAGAGAGAGAGACUACCUUCAUCGCUCGGUUGAGCAGCUCCGAACCAAACUGAGUUGUGGUGUUACUGAGGAAACGGUUCAGCGUUCCGAUGCCCCGCCCUCCUCUGACAGCUCCCACCUGGCCAAACUCACAGAGCAGCUUCAAGCCACACAGGGCAGGUACAAAGAGCUGCAGGAGCAGUUGGAUUCCCUCCAGAAGAGUUCAGCUCAGAGAGACAGAACUGAAGUGCUGCUUAAACAGAAGGACAAAGACUGUACCCAGCUGGAUAAGGAUGUCGAGGCGCUGAAGGCCCAGGUGACGUCUCUCCUGGGAGAGCUGAGAGAGAGACAGAGCUGUUUGGACCGGAGCCAGCAGGACCGCAACAUCCUGGACGACAGGCUGAGCAGUACUCGGGAGUCAUUGGCAGCAUCAGAGAGAGAGAUGGAACAACAGAGGAAGCAGCACUCUGUGACGGUAGACAAACUACUGCUGCAGACACACAACCUAGAGACCGCACUGAAGACUGACCGCCUGGUUAUUACUGAGGAGAGGAGGAAGCUUGCCCAGCUGCAGCACGCCUACACCUGUCUGUUUAAGGACUACGACACCAAACUCAAGACUGAGGGAGGAGACAUGGUUGUUCGUCUGGAGGAGGCAGAGAGAGCUUUGGCUCUGAAACAGGAUCUGAUUGACAAGCUGAAGGAAGAGGUGGAGCAACAGAGAGGAUCUCUAGAGACCGUUCCUGUUCUGACUGCCCAGGCUGAGAUCUACAAGGCAGACUUCCUAGCGGAGCGGGAGGCCAGAGAGAAAUUGAACCAGAGGAAGGAGGAGCUUCAGGACCAGCUGAACACAGCGUUGGCUGAGAUGGAGCGUCUGAAACAGGAGGAGACCUCAAGGGCUCGGAUGGAGAAGAUGCAGCAGAGACACCUGGAGGUCUUCAGACCACCACGACCCCACAUCACCCCCCAAUCAGGGAGUGCCUUUAACUCCACCGCCCGCAGUGUGGGAUUGGCUGCAGAGGGAGUGGCUGGAGGCGGGGCUGAAGAGCUUCCUGACUACCGCUGUCCAAAGUGCCAGUACCAAGCCCCCGACAUGGACACACUGCAGAUACAUGUCAUGGACUGUAUCCAGUAACACACACACUUAGACAGAUGUUUGAGGGGGCUGAAACAACAAUAGCUCAUCAGCAUGAUGACAUCAUUGUCAUAGACCUUUCCUUCCCAUCCCUGUCCACCAUAUACAGUCCUCCCCCACACCUCCCUCCAUAUCCCCUCUUUUUCUCUCUCUCUCCCUGUCCACCAUAUACAGUCCUCCCCCACACCUCCCUCCAUAUCCCCUCUUUUUCUCUCUCCCUGUCC